UGUUAUUGUAUUGAUUCACAGCCGACAGACGUCCUGGUUGUGUAUUGAUCUGUGUGUACAAACAUUGUUUUGUCUACUGACAAGCAGUCGGUGUAUUUACUGGUGGUACUGGUAGAUUGGUAGAUUGUGUGUACCUGCGUUGUUUUCCGUGAUCGUUUUCUGUAAUUACGAUGCCGAAAGUAAAGGAGAGAAAGUUAUGUAAUAAACAGGAUACACCGCUGUUGACAACAGACAAAACGAAAAAUGGAAAAAAGGAAAUGGAAAGGCAAAUUGAAAAUAAAAAAAAUAAAUUACAUUCACUUGAGGAGCCUAAUAAUAAGAGAGGAUCAGAGAUUCAGAGACCAGAGGGACUAGGCAGCAUACAGGAAAUGACUGUGGAACUGAAAGAGAGAACAAAAGAAGAUGAGUUGAUGCGUUCGUCACGGAAGGAAACCUCAUCCACAAAAAUUAGAAAAACAUCAAAGCUUAAAAAAGAGGUUGAUGAACUUAUAGAAAAAGAAAUACAAAAAUGCUGUCUUACGGGAAUUUCAAUAAUCGAGCAAAGUCUGGUAGAACUAAAUGAUGCUAUUGCCAAAAUGGGAGAUUACAAAAAACAAUCUCCUGAAGAUGAAAAUAAAUAAAAUAAGAGGAGGAGGAUUUGAAGUGAAAUACACAACUUGUUAUAAUUUAAGAGAGCCCUCAGAGAUACCUGUAGUGUCACGUAGUCAACUUCAUCCCCUUCGCCAAAAGUAUGGGUUUACUGAUAUAAAUCUAAAUUCCACUGUCAUCACAGAUCAAAAAGCUCAGCCAUCUGAAGUGUUUCACAGUAGUAAAAAGUUUGUGUUAUCUGCUAUUAAUAUUCAUAAACUAUUGAUGUUUUAAUGCUUUUUAAAAAUAUCAGUUCUGAAAUAACAAUAUGCCAGAUGUCAGACUCAUCAGGUACCUUUAAGCUGCAGCCAUACUUCAUGCUUUAUUGACUUAAAUGUUUUUUAUAAUUCACUAGUGAAACUGAAUCUAGCAGAUACUUUCUUUUGGAAGUGAAAGACAUCAUAAAUCUUAUCAGAUGUUCCUUUUUCAAAAGAUUUAAAUUAAUUCCAGUCUUCAUAAAAAUGAGUGUAACAACACACAUUUGGUUCAAAAUUAUAACAUUAUCCAUAACAGUAUUCUAUUGGCAACAGCCACACUCUCUGUCACAACUGCAAAUUUUACAAUUUUUACAUGUUUAGUUAGCGAAAACGGUGCUAUAUUCGAAGAUGUUUUAUUAUCCUGUUACUUUUUCGUGCUAUAAUCAUAUUUUGGCUCUAUGGCCAUUAUCGAGCUCUUUCCAUAGUAAACUGUCAACACUGUCACUGUCUGGGACCUGCUGCUGCUGUGUAUCAUGGAUGUCGUGCAGACAAACAGACAUGUACAUCACCUUUCCAGUUCCACACAAGAACCGUAUGUAACGGAUAUCAACUUCACAACUGAUGAACAAAAAUUACAACCAAAACUGAACAUGAAAAAAAGAUGUAACACUGUUGACUUAGCUAUCAACUGAAGCUGUCAAACAAAAAAUAUUAAACAGUCUUAACGAAUAAUGGUCAGCAACGAAUUCCACAGCAGUGACAUUACACAUUUAAAAUUUUGUCUGUGCUACAUCUACAAAAUGCAGCAGUAGAAGGUGCAAGAACCCACCACUCGUACUGAAUCUUGCAUGAAAUCAUACAUCUUCAGUUAUGCUAUAGUUAUUCAUUUAUUUAUCAGUAUCAACGUUUCCUGGAAUUGAAAACUACUGAAAGCUAGUAUUUAUGACCUAUGGACUCCUCCUAAUAUCUGAGUAGCAAAAGACGAUUUCUGUUAGCAAAUAAUUGGUUAUAAUUAUUACUCGAUUUGCACCACAAUAAAUGUACUUUCCCUAUGUAUCUCUUUGCUGAUGUCAUGAGCAAUUUCUACAUUACAUUAACACUUGUUCCAUAGGCCAUGAAUAUGACGUUUUGAAAUGAUGAGAGUCCAUUUCCAGAGAACCACAUAAUAAUUUUUUGAAAGACAUUAUUUACAAUUUCCUCAGCUCAUUCUUGUUUGUUGUGUAUGAUUAUUGUACUCGUAUCAUCAGCAAAAACAACUAGCUUUGCAUCUUCAUGAAUAUAGAGUGGCAAACCAUUAAUAUAUAUUAAGAACAAUAAGGGACCCAAGACUGAACCCCAUGCAACACCAUUCUUGACACCUCCCCAGUUAGAGGUCUCUGCUGAUUUUUGCAGACUAUUUGUACUGUUAAUUUCAACCUUCUGCAUUUUUCUACUUAAAUAUGAAUUAAAACAUUUGUGCACUGCCCCACUCAGUUGCCCUGGUUCCCUCUUAACAAAAUUCCAAAUUGUUUUAAUUUUAUUAUCAGAAGUGCUUAUCUCAGACAUAAUGUACGCACUUCUGAACUUUUAAGUAACUUUUCUUAAUACAGUUCAGUAGUUUUUAUAAUGCUUCACUGUUUCUGGAUUAUUACCCCUUCUAGCUGUAAGAUACACUUCCCUUUUGUUUUUAGUAGACAUUUUUAUCCCUUUAGUAAGCCAUCGAUUUUUUGACAGUUUCUUAUAAUUAUAUUUCACUGUUU